AUGGAACCCAGCGUCCUGGUUGCGUCGCAUCUUUCCGCCCUCUUCCCGCUCGCCCAACCAAUUCCGGUCUACUCAACGCAGAAAGACAUAAUCCAUCUUAGUCCUCGCAGCGACUCUGGUCACCCUCUGGAACAUGCUUCUCUUUCAACCCUCUUCCACUCUCCCUUGACAGGUACAAUCCUGCUACGCGUAACACAUGGCGGGUUUAUGCUAGAACUCGUAUCUCUCUCGUCCGAAGUUCCCCCACUGCGCUUCGACUUCCCCGCCUCGAUUCUACCCUCCCCCUCGAUCGUGCUAUCGCAAUCUGAAGAGCUCCAUGUUUUGUUGGCCACCAGAUUUGGAUCUCUUUACCGAAUUGUCAUCCCCAUUCGCGAGGGCGCGCCACUCUGGCAAGCCACCGCGAACCGCCGAUGGUAUCGCGAAUAUGUAAUACAAACUGCGGUUGACGAAGGCCUGGUUCAGGUGCAGAGUACCCAUUGCGUAGUCAUCUCUCUACCAGGAGGAUCGCUGCUCAGGCUAGAGGCAGAAUCACUGGGAGACGUAUGGCGCGAGACCAGGGCUGAUGCUCGUUCCUUUCUGCAUUCAAUCACAUCCCUCCUUCACGCGGGUCCUCCCGGCAGCUCAGACAUAGUCUCUAUCUCCAGCCACCCACAGCCGACAGACAUUGGCAGCAUCUGGACUGUAUCUCGCGACCGUCAUCUCCGCAUGUGGACUGCUCGGGGCGGGUGUGUUGCGGAGCAUGUGCUUCCCUCCACGGCUCCGGGGCGUAGCACUGUCGCUUCCCGCUCUUCGCCCACGCCUAUCAAGCCGUCCGUCCUUCUUCCUCCCGAGCCGCAGAAAUUGCUCUGCGUCUUUACGCCAUCACAUGCAGAUGAUCCGCAUGUCCUCGUGUUCGUGCCCACGGAGGGGUCCCUGACUUCUGGUGGCUUCUUCCAACUUUUCAUUGUUAACGGAGAUGCUUUACGGUCAGUCACCGUCUUCGAUGCCUCGGCGACUAGUGUGCAUUGCCAUCUGCAGGACUUCACCGUGAUGGACGACACAUUGUACACUCUCUGGGAUAAGCAAGGCCAAUCUAUGGUUGAGGUCCUCGUGCUGUCAUGGGACGACUCGGACCCCACUGCUACUGGUGGAUGGAGCUCGGCCUCGUAUGCCCAGGAAGCUGAACUCACUCCUGCAUAUCUGGAUGAACUGUUGCUUUCGCCAGGCUCUGCCGUGGACAAAUUCGUCGAGGCUAUCAUGCGGCCUGGGAUGUUCUCUCCUCUCACCUUGCAUACCGCCAUCGCUCGGUACACCGACGCAUGCCGGUCUCUCCCGCCUCCUUAUCCCCCGCAACUCCUGCUCUCCUAUGCGUCUGUAGCAGAACAAAUCACAUCCGUUGUCGGCUGCACAGUCCAGCGCACCAAGGAUCCGAGGACUGGGGCGCCUCUCGACGCCAACUACUGGAAUGCCUUCAAGCGAGAUUGGGAAGGUUUCAUAGCCCGAUGCCGAGAGAUCGAACGGAACGGGCGAUGGCCCUUGGCUAUUGGACGCGGCAAUCCGGAGGAUGGCGCCCUGAUCGUUGAGCGUGAGCGUAUCGCUUCUCUAGUAGGAGAAGACCUACCGCUACGGCUGCGCAGAGAAUUGUCUUCGUCUCAGCCUAUGGAGAAGCAGUUCGACAUUCUGAAGAUUCUCUCGACUAUGCGUACUCGGCUUGGCCCGCGCCUCAUGCGAUCCUUAGAAGGACGACUACAGGAAGUUGUUCGCCAAGAGAUCGCCUUCCCUUACGCCGACAUCAUCCAGGACCAAGUCCGAGUCUCCAACUUCCACGAGGAGGUUGAUGAAGGGUUGGAAAGCUGGAUUGUCGGGCGCGUCAGGAGUCUGGAGCAUGACUCGGGCAAGUCGAUACAGGAAUUGGCGCGUCACGUGCUCGAUGUCAUCGGAGGGCUUGGUAAAGAGGUGAAGAGAGAAGAAGACGACGGAGAGCUCCUGUCCCGCCCCAUCAGCCCUGAGUGGCUGAAGGCGCUUACGGCGUCAUAUGCAACGACGUCCAUCCACGCGCGAUACGAGUUCUCUCUUGCCCUCGUGGUCUUUCUUUUUUUCCUCGCGGACGAGCUCCCCCAAUGGGACCCUGGGCUGCUCGCUGAGAUUUUCGUCGUAUUUCGCGGGGUCGCCAUGCUGCGUUAUGUGGCGCGGCAGCCCGCUGGAGACAACGCGACUCCGACAACUCAGGCGAGCGGUCCGGGGGCAGACGAUGAAGUUGUCGCGAAAUUGCGCAACAUGCACGUUUCCGCUAGUCGCGGCGCUAGAUUCCAGCCCACGUACUCUCUAGUCCAUUGGCUAGCCAACGUUUACGGGAUCUCGUUCUCUUCUGGACUCCCCGUAUCCGCACAUCGCUUCCUUGACCGUACUGGUCUUUUACAAUCGCUCUCUCCUGCUUACGCGACGCAUCUGGAGGUCGUUUUCUGCGAGCGUCUCCGUCAGCUGGGCUAUUACGAAGUCGCGCGGGAGGUUCUAGCAUGGCUGCCACGUACUCCUGCGGUGACGUAUGUUUUAGGCCGUUUGUGGUUAGACGAAGGACGUUAUGACGACGCGGGAUCCGCUUUCGAGGUUCUAGCAGGCAGCUUUGGUCCACACUCUGCGCUGUCGAUCGAGGAUCGAGAAGCUCUCGCGGACGUGCUCCCAAGCGGACGCAUCUUCGACACGCAGCUAGAAUUCUACCUGCACGCCUCCGAUCUGUUCAAGGCCGCCAUCAGCACGUAUCACGACGUCUUCUUCACUCAACUGGCUCUUUCUGAGCCUGGUGUCGUCGAGGACACGACGCCCUUGUGGACUAACGUGAUAAAGGGGUUGACCGAUCUCGGACAGUAUGAGGAUGCGUACGCGGCACUCAUAUCCGCUCCUCACGAACGACUGAAGAGGGACUCCAUAAGUCAGCUGUUGUACAGGAUGUGUGAGGAGAACGCCGUUGACAGGCUCAUGGCUCUCAAUUUCGCUGGCUUGGCCGACGAGGUGGAAGACGCACUCGCGUUCAAGGCUCGGAAUGCGGACCCGCGCAUCCGGCCGUUCUACUCCAGGAUCCUUUACACGUGGUACGUUUCCAGGGGGGACUAUCGAAACGCUGCGUUAACGAUGUAUCAGCGCGCUCGAAAGCUCGAGGCCUUGAUGGGGGAUGCUUCUGCAUUCACCGAGCUUGUAGAGUUGCAACUGGAGGCCUACAUUGUCGCGAUGAACGCACUCGCCCUUGUGGACCCGAAAAGUCAAUGGAUCACGCUGCCCAUUGUUACCGAGACAGGGAACGAGCCCCGGAAGCGCCGCAGGCUGUCUAAAUAUAUUCCCGAGAGCAAGUACGCAUCGGGAAAACGCGAUACUGAGGCGGUGGAUUUGAAGGAUAUGCAACACGAGUACGCUUUGCUAUCCGCGAGGGCCGAGCUCGUUCGUAGGGACCCCACGUUGUUGUCGGCUGGAGAAUAUGCGUUGCCCCCGGCUUCAAUCGUAGUGAGACUAGCGCAAGCAAACAGGUUCAAUACCGCAAUGGCAACGGCGCGAAGUCUGGAUCUAGACAUGACUGACAUCUUCAGCUACCUUGUCGGACGGUGUCUCAGAUUGUCGAGGAACCCGGAAUCUGUGCUGAGCGAGGAUAUGUCUGACUGGCUCCUCACAGACAAGGUUUCGUCGUGGCCCGGCACUCCGGCGGAGCGUGGUUGGCGAUACCUGCGGCAGUCGCUCGAGCGGCACGAUGGGCCCCAGACCGAUUAUAGGUAUUCCAAAGUGGCGCUGGAAACGAUCGUGAGCUUCGAUAGGACAUCGCCUCCACCGCCAUGGCUCAUCCAUAAACUCGAAGAGCAUCACCCCGAAUAUCUCAUCCGUACCUGCUUACGGUAUGAGGUGCUGGAGGCAGCUCUAGACUAUACGCUGUCGAUGAUGCGGAGGAGCGACUCGCGACUCACUGAGGACAUGUCGAAGACGGCAGCCGCUACAUGGCUGCCCUACACGCUCAUCGACCAAGUGUUGGUCGCGGCGGAUACACAGGCGGACCUUUCCUCUCGUGGACGUGCUUCUCUUGGCGAGCUACGCGGGGAGAUUGCGACUCGCAUGAAGCGGGUGCAAAAGUAUAGUCAGGCCUCUGCAUAA